AUGGUACAGCCCGUCCCAUGGGGCGACUGGGAUAUCGUCCUCCCCGGCGCCGUAUCGGGUAUCGCAACAGGCAUGGCAUACUACUGGGAAUACCUCAUGAAAGCCAUCCUGGGGAGUAUCGGUUUUGGCGAACUCGGUCCCAUCGCCGGUACGUCCCUCUCUCCCCUUGCUCCUCCCUCCUUCACGGUCGCCUCGCCUCCCUCUACCAAAUCCUACAUCCGCCAAAUCGCCGCCCGCGGUAUCUUUGCAACCCUCCAAAGCGCCGCCAUGGGCGGUUACGGAGAGGCCAUCAUCGGCACCAUGAUCCGCCUGUCUUUUGGCUCUAUGGCGGUCGUCUCUGGCGGUCUCGUCAUUAUCCCUCUUGCCGUUGAUUUGUUAGAGUACUAUGAGGGGGUUGAUAAUGUCAAGGACCUGGCGGUGCUGGUGUUUCAUCAGGCGGAAGAUGGAUGGAGGUGGAUUAAAGUGCAUAUAGGGGAGGCGUUGAGAAAGCGGCACCUCGAGACUGGGAAAGCCCUCCAAGGGCGGUUUGUCGACACCCGUGCCACGAUCGACUUUGCUCUCAAGGAAGCCAUCCGGCUCCGCGACGAUGUUGACCAUGCGACAUCCGACCUUUGGGGCGGUGCGGCCGAAGACGCUCGUCGUAUCAUCGAGCUCGCCAACGACCUCGAAAACCAAGACCAAGCGUCCCUCAUCCGCCUCGGUAAAGCAUUUGGGGACAAGCUCCGAGAAGAGCUUCGGAGGGAGCAGGCUGAAUGGGCUAUGAUCCGAGAAGGGAUACAGGGACUGGUUGAAGUGGUGAAAGAUGGUUGGAAGGGCGUUUUGGGAUGGUGGACGAAUUGGCGAACGCCCGAGUUGGUGCAUAUCUGGUCUAUCGACUCUCGUUCUCUCCAGAACUCCACCGAAUCUACCAGCUCUCUUUCGACCGGGGCCGAGGCAGACAGCUUUGCCCAGUCACCUUCAACUCUUCCUGCCGAUAUCACCCCCGCCGAACUCCUCCUCGCUCCCCAUGAUCCCACCUCUCUCAACUCCCAACCCUCUCCUCUCCUCGGUCACCACUUCAGCCCCUCCACCGAGGCUCUCCACCUCAGCCUCGUUGGCGUCUUUGUGGUGCUCUUUUUUGCUGGGGGACUCUCUGCCUACCUGAGAAAGUUGAGGAGUUCGAAGAAGGAGAAGAAGGCGUUGAGGGUCAGGAAAGCGUCUUAUGGCAGUAUCGAUGCGUAG